AUGGACAAAGAUAUUUUAUCAAAAAAAAUAGAGUCUCUUGGUAUAAGAAAAGCAAAUUACCAACACAUUAAAUUAGAAUUAUUUAAAAUUUUGUCAAAAAUAAAAGAUGAAAAAAUUAAAAAAAUAAUAAAUAAAAUAUUAAUAAAUAUUAGACCACCAGAAAAAAUAUUAGAUUCAGGAAUUCAUGGAAAUCAUUUUAUUGUUUCAAAAAGCUUAGACCAUCCUAUUUUUAAAACAUUCAGUGAUAAUUUUAAAAAAAUAGAUGAUUUAUAUAAGUUAUUAGAUAAUUUAACCGAUAAUUUAACCGAUAAUCUAAACGAUAAUUUAACCGAUAAUAAUAUUAUUAAUAAUAAUAAUAAUAAUAAUAAUAGUAUUAAUGACCGAUCUGAAAGUACAAAUUAUCUAUUAUUUGAAUUUGAAGAAAACGAUGGGGAUCAUUCUAAUAAUAUCACUAUUAAAAAUAUAAAAGAUAAUAAAAAUAAUAAUAAAAAUAAAAAUAAUAAUAAUAAUAAUAAUAAUAAUAAUAAUAAUAAUAAUAAUAAUAAUAAUAAUAAUAAUAAUAAUAAUAAUAAUAAUAAUAAUAAUAAUAAUAAUAAUAAUAAUAAUAAUAAUAAUAAUAAUAAUAAUAAUAAUAAUAAUAAUAAUAAUAUUAAUAUAAAUAUUAAUAAUAAUAUUAAUAAUUUAUCAAUUGAUAAAUCACAACUUGAAGAAAGACCAAUAGCAGAUGGUAUUUUUCAAAUUCAAGCAUUUUUUCAUCCAUCUAUUGAUGAUAGCAAUCAUAUAUACGUUGAUAAUAAUGAUUUCAAACAUGAUCAAAUUGAUAGUAAUAAUAAUAAUAAUAAUAAUAAUAAUAAUAAUAAUAAUAAUAAUAAUAAUAAUAAUAAUAAUAAUAAUAAUAAUACUAAUAAUAAUAAUUAUAAAAAUGAAUUAUCUCAAGUUUUAGAGUUAAUUAAAGAGUAUAAAGAUUUACAUUCAAAAUAUAAGGAAAUUUUAAUUAAGAAAGUGGAAAAUGAAAUAAAUACUGCAUUCUCAGAUGUUCCAUUAAUAAUUAGUGAAGAUUGUAUAUUUAAAGAAAUACAAAUAGAGAUAGCAUAUAAAAUAUCAUCAAUUGAUAGAAUAAAAAAAACAUCUAUUAGAGAAAAUGAAGUAGGUUUAAGUAAAGGAGUAGAAUUUGAUGGUGUUUACUAUAAAGUUGAUAAUAAUAUCUCAUGUUUAUUGAACCCAUCCAAAGAAAAUUCAGUUUAUCAAUUAUAUGAUUCAUUAUUUCAAGAUAAAGGUUUCAUAUCACCAACACAAUUAUUAGUAAUCAAUGGUUUAAAAGUAGUUACAGAAGAUGGUAUACAGUCAAUCGAAAAAGAUUCAAUUUUUAAAGAAUCGGUGAAUAAUAAUUUAGAGAGAAUGAAUAUUAUUAUUCAAGGAUCAUUAUUUAUAAAAGGUGAAACAUUACAAAAAUAUAUAUUGAAUAAUUGUAAUGAUUUAAAAUCUGCAUACAAUAAAAUUGAUAUUAAAAGUUAUAGUGCUCAUAUAUUAUCAAGUCUCUUAUCGAUUCCAACAGAUUCUCAUGGUGAUAAUUAUAUUGUUGAAAAAGACUCUUUUAAAAUCGUUGGUUUAGAUAAUGAUAAAGUAUUUGAAUGUCAAGAAUUUAGAAAAACUAAAGAUGAAUAUUUCAUAGGUAUGAGAAAUAUAUUGUUCACAUUGGGACCAUUAAUGAAUAAACCAAUAAACCAAGAAAUUAAAUCACAAUUCAUUAAACAUCAACCAAAUUUAUUCUUAUUAAAAUGGUUACAAUCAUUAAAAGAAAAACAAUCUACAUAUGAAUUAUUCAUUUCAUCAAUAAUCGAUGUGGGAUUACCACCAAUGCAAAUGGAAAAAGAAAAAGAAAUUACUAAAGAUAGAUUAAAUUUACCAUUAAAAUUUCAUAAAGGAUGGAUAACAUCAAUGUUAAAGAGAUUUAAAUUAAUUUCAAAAUUACUUUCAAAAAAUUUAAAUACAGACAUAACACAUCAAGAGUUAUUCGAACAUGUGCAACCAAAUGGAAGUUCAUUUUAUAAAUCACUAUCAAAAUUAUGUGAUCAUGAUUCAAUAAAACAAAUACAAACAAUUAGAGAUUAUGAUAAAUAUUAUGGCUUUCCAUGUAAUAUAAGUUUAAAUUUAAAUGAUUUAUUUAAAAAUAAAGAAAAUGAAAUGGUUGAUAUUAUAAAACAAAUUGAAGCUACAAUUGAGAUUUUACCAGAUACACCAGAGUUAACAUUAAGUAAAACAAUAGUAGAGUUGAUAUCAAAUUCAGAAUAUAAUGAUUUUAAUGCUACAUUUGUUUUUCAACCAAUUGUUAAUUGGCUUGAAUUAGUAUUUAAAAUGAAAAAAAGUGAUAAAGGUAUAAAACUUCAUCAAUCAUGGAGCGAUACUAAAAUAAUAGUUUUGAAGAAAUUAUUCCAAAAUGGAGUAUCUUUAGAAUUAAUUAAAGAUUUCAUUAAAGAAACUUCAAUAACUAUAGAGGAUAUAGAAUCUAUUAGUUCAAUUUUACAUUGUUCAAUUAUAGCAAAUAAUUCAAAUAUUUUAGAACAAAUUGAAUUAUUAAUUAGUUUAGGUGUUGAUAUUGAUAGAAAAGAAGGUAUUAAUGAUUUAACCCCAUUAGAUUUAGCAGCAAGAAUUAAUCAAUUUAAAGUUUUCACUAAAUUAAUUGAAUUAGGUGCAGGAAAAGUAUUGAAUCAUUCAGAGAUUUCAAAUUAUUAUUAUUAUAAACUUUCUAAUGAAGAAAAAGAAAAAUUAAAACCCUUUAUACCACAAUUAUUCAUAAGAAAUCCAAAAUUGAUUUGGGAAAUAUCAUUAAAUGAAAUUUUACCAAUUGAUAAAAACAGUGAUAAUGACAAAGACGGUGUGAAAGGAAUAGUUAAUAAUAGAUCAAUUAAAAAGGAUUAUUUGGAUCAAUUGUUUGAUAGUAAUAAUCAACCAAUUAAACUACUAAACCAAUAUGGUACAAGAUCUGUAGUUUUAAUUGAAAAUGAAAAUGGAUUAGGAAUUUAUUUUAAAUUUAAACCACAAUUUCCAGGUAUUGAAUUUGCUAUUAAAGAAUUUGCAGAGGAUUUGUUUGGUUUUUGUACACCAUAUUCAGAAUUAGUAUCAAUUAAUGGCUUUCCAGUUUUAUUAGUUCAAAAAGUGUAUGGUAAAACUUUAUUUGAUGUAUUAAAUGAAGAAUCAUCAUCAUCAUCAUCAUCAUCACCAAAUAUUGAAAGAAUUGAAAAUUCAACUAUUGAAAGAAUUGAAGAUUCAAAUAUUUCAAAACUAAUUAUGUUAUCAAUUUUAACAAAUAAUGCAGAUGGUAAUUUAGGUAAUUUAAUAAUUUCACAGGAUACUUUAUUAAAUAAAUAUUAUAUUUUUUCAAUUGAUAAUGACCAAUCAUUUGUACCACCAGCAUAUUAUAGUAACAAGAUAAUUUUUAAUAAAUUUUUAUUAAAAAUAGAAAAUUCUUUAUUUUUAUUUAAUCAAAUGUUUAAGCUGGUACAUCAAGAUGUUAUAGAUUCAAUUAUUAAAUUAGAUAUUGAAGUUUUUUUAAAUAAUUGGAUUGUAAAAUUGGAGCAACACCAUAGUAUGUCUAUGCACUAUUCCAAAUCAAGUAUUGAUCAUUCACAUUUUGGUCUUGAUGGAACAGUAAUUGGAGUACCAUUUGAAAUUGAAACCAUUAAACAAAUAAUAACAAAGCUUACUAGGUUGAAAAUAUGUUUAACAAAAAAGAAAAAUAUAACUCAUUUUGAUAUAUUAAAAUUACUUGAACCAUUGAUUUCUAUCAAAUAUAAACCAUUAAUCUCUGAUAAAUCCAUUUCAAUUAUAAAUAAAUUUUUAAAGUUAAGGGAAUCUAAAGAAAUUGAAUAUUCAAAUUUAUUGAAAAUAUCAACAUGUUCUAUAAAUAGUUCGAAAAUUAUUUUAAAAUCUAGAUUCAUAAAAAAUACUUUAAAUAUUCAAAGUGAUUUAUUUAAUGGUCAAUAUAGACCAAAUCUAAUUACAUCACAAAUAUCAAGUAUUAUUAAAGGUUACUCAAAUAUUAAUCAAGUAUUAGAAGAUAUUAAAAAUAAUAAAUCAACUUUAAAAUUAUCAGAUCACCAAUUAGAGACAUUAUUAAAAGAUGAAAAUUUUGAAAAAAUGGGAGAGAAUGAACAAGGUUUAGUAUUCUCGUUAAUUGAAAAAUCAUCUUUAAGAUAUCUUAAAUUAAAAGGUAGUUCAUUAAUUAAAUUUUCAAUUUUUAAACAAUUUGAUUUAAAUUCAAUUUCAAAAAUCGACUUUGAAAAUUGUAAUAAUUUAAAAUCUUUUGGAGAUUUAACUAUUUUUAAACCAAUCUUUUUAUCUUCACUAGUAGUACUAAAAUUUAAAAAUUGUAAAAUGUUAACAUCCAUUUUCAUAAAUGCACCAAAUUUAGAAAAACUUUAUGUAAAGAAUAGUCCAAUCAUUGAAAACAUUGAAACAUUCUCACCAAAUUUAAAAUCCUUAAAUUUAAAUAGAUCAAUAAAUAAUUUAAUAAUAUUAGAUUCUAUAAAUAAUUAUAAAUAUUUGGUGAAUUUAAAUAUAUCAAACAUAUCAAAAUCUAUAUUAAAUUCAAAACUUCACUUUUAUUUUAACGAAUUAGAAUAUUUAACAAUUAAAAAUAAUGAAAUUUUAAAAGUUUUUUAUUUUAUACUUCCAAAUGUUAAAUCAAUUAAUUUACAAGGUUGUAAAAAUAUAACUGAAAUUUAUUUUAAAGAAAACGAAACUGAAAAUUUAAUAGGAAUUUCAAAUAAAUCUAUUUCAUUCAACCAAGGUUUAGACUACAUAAUUGAAAAAUCAUUACUUUUUACAGAGUCAAAUAUAGAGGAGCUAAAUCAAUAUUAUUUACAUUCAAAAGGUGCAAAGGAGAGAUUAUUUAUGUAUUCAAUAACCAAUGUACCUGAAUUUUAA